AUGUCGCAAAUGGAUCAGCAGUUUAUCAACUUCGACGCUAUCCUCUUCCCUGCGGACGGUCGCCCGCCUCAGGUAGUGCAACUGAUGACCAGUCCCGCCUCGUACACUGGACAAGAGGGCGCUGCGACAGGUGGUCGGGUCGCUCAUCCCGAAGUGCACAUGGAGUACAUCGCCGAAAACCUCGGUCCUCGUGCCUGGGCGUACCAGCUCAUCGAGGCGCUAGACGGCAUGAGCAAGAAGUUCGCCCAGCCUUAUGCUAUCUUCUAUCCUGUCGUGUCGCGCGACGGGAUGCCAUUCCCUGUCAACAAGACUGUGCGCGACAUUCAGGGUAGUUCCUUCAGUCACGAUCAUGCCUGGCAAGGUAGCCUUGUUAUUGCGAAGUACAAGGAUACGCGUUACUCUCAGAUGAUGCAUGCGUCGAUGGCCGAUUUCCCGUUGAUCAAGAACUGGCUUAUGCACCAUGGCUCGCCUCUCCCUCCCAGACAACCCGAACACUCAAACAUCGUCGUCUAG